AUGGGGAAUAGAGGAUGCACUGUCUUUGUGGGCAAUAUUGACUUUACAGUUCCAGAAGAAACCAUUGUAGAAGAGCUUUCAUCUGUUGGCAGAGUUAUAUCCUUUAGGAUGGUAACCGAUAGAGCCACAGGUAAAUCAAAGGGGUACGGUUUCUGUACGUACGAGUCCCCAAUAGUUGCAGAUAUAGCAGUAAACAGACUGAAGAUAAUGCUGAAUAAUAGGCCUGUGAAGAUAAACUAUGCUGAUAAUAAUUCAGCGCAGCAGCCGCAGGCUGAGCAGGUGAAGUUAGACAUAGACGGCAUUGUCAGCACUCUCGAUAAGCUAACACCAGACGAAACAAAGGACAUUUUGCGGCACAUGAAGCAGCUUGCCGUGAAUAGACCCGAGGAGAUUAGAAUGCUGCUGUCUGAGAACCCAGCACUACUCUCUUCAUUAUUGCACAUUAUAUUUACGCUUGGCUUGGCACAGAAGGAUGCGCUAGAGAGUAUCUUGAACAAGUCAUUUUCAGUUAAAGCACAGCAGACACAAAUAAUGACACGAAUUCUGCAGUACCACGAAUACGAGGUCGAAGAGAUACCCGAGCCAGCCAGAGACAAAAUUAGAAGGAUUCGGGAACGGCUGCUGAGAAAGCAGUAA